GACUCGGGCUACGAGCUUGCAAAGCUUUCCCCCGUGUGUUUUUGAGAAGGGCAGCGGACGACGGCACUGCGAAUUCGAAGCCCCCCCUUCCCCUCUGUUCCUCUCGAUAAUUGUUCGGUUUCGACUCUCCCUGGUGCUUGCGGGUCGCUCUUCCAAUCUCCUGCCCGGGUCAGUGUCUCAAACUUUCGGAGGCUUCAACUGGAUCGGGAUCAGGGCCGUGGAGUUCGGAAUCCGAGUUAUGCAGGUUGUACAGAUUGCGGGAAGGGAGCUGGGAGUUCUGGUAAUCGAGUGAGGAUUAGUGAACUGCGCGGUGCUUUGGCGAGCUCAAGCUUGAAAGUCGGGAUCUUGGGGGUUGUUUAAGUGACGAAUUUGCUGGUUAGGGUUUGGGGAGUAUUUCUCAAUUCGACCGGUGGUCGGGAGGAAGGCAUCCCAUUGCGUUUCAUGGCACAGUAGAAGCUUGUUGGCAGCUGAGGAAGAGUGAAAAUGUUCUAUUCUCAGUUUAUCUUGGCCAAGAAGGGCCCUCUUGGUACUAUAUGGAUUGCUGCUCAUUUGGAGCGCAAGCUGAGGAAGAAUCAGGUUGCAGAUACUGAUAUUGGCGACUCCGUAGAUUCCAUUCUCUCCCCCGAAGUUCCAAUUGCACUUCGCCUAUCAAGCCAUCUCCUUCUAGGUGUUGUGAGAAUAUAUUCUCGGAAGGUGAACUAUCUAUUCCAUGAUUGUAGCGAGGCUUUGCUCAAGGUAAAACAGGCAUUCAGAUCAACUGCAGUCGAUCUUCCUCCGGAAGAAUCUAUUGCACCUUAUCAUUCCAUUACUUUGCCAGAGACUUUUCAUCUGGAUGAUUUUGAACUACCAGAUACUGCUAUUCAUGGUGAUUUUGUUGAUCACCAUGUCAGUGCAAAAGAAUACAUCACACUUCAAGAUACUAUGGAUGGCACAGGAUAUUCCAUGUUACGAUUUGGAUUGGAUGAAACAUUUGGUGAUGGAACUGCUUCCCAGAUUGGUUUAGAGCUUGAGGAGGACUUGUUCUUGGUGGAGGAUAAUGACCCAUCUUCUCAGCAUGAUGCAAGUACUCUGGUGUCUGAUGAGUGUGCUGUGCAUCAUGAUGAAUCUCUAUUUUCUUUUCCUCUAACUCCAAUGGAUAUUGACGAUGAUGACAAAAGUGGGAUAGUCAAAGAUAGAGAUGUAGAUCCGAAGGAUCUUUCUCAAGUUUCUAAUCCUCAGAGUAUGAUUUAUAUGAAGGAGUACAACAUUCAGACUCCUGAUCUCAAUGAAAUCUUUUCUCCUGGUGAUCCUAUUGAAGAUGCUUCAAGAGAACCUAAUCAAACAUUCAUUUCAUCAAGUGCUAAUGGUGUUUCAUCAACAGAUGCUGAUUUUACUCAUGCUGCUCCCACUGAUGGUUUAAGGGAAGACAUAUUUUCAGGCAACAUAUACGAAGUUCCCGCUACAAGUUUCCAUCCAGACCCUUCGCAUUCAAGCUGUACAGAGGUUAGGCCUGAUUGUUCAUUACAGGCUGGCCAUCCAAAAUUAGUGAAUUAUGAGAUGCAUGGUGCAAAUAUGGUCCUUGAUUCAGGAAAUAUAGUGCAAGCUCCUCCUUUUUCUUUUUCAGAACCUUCCAAUCAUAGGGAACAGGUAGUUUCAACUAAUGAAACUCAAAUGGUAUGUGAACAGAAGAGUGUGAGUGGUUUUCAGGAUGGAUGCACUUGUGGUCAAAAGAAACUUGCUACAGUUGAUGAACAAAUGGAAAACCAUAUGGAGCCAAUACAUUAUGAAGCAGCUCAAGUUGAAGGUUUGAAGUCCUGCAAUGCUUCACAUGAGACAAUUCCUUCCACAUCUCCUCUUAACAGAUCACAAAUUGAUACUGAAAUAUUUGUGACUCCCAAAACAUCUGAUGAAAAUUCACAUGGAUCUGAUUUGGCUUGUGCUAAAAAUAGCAAUUUGUGUGCAGCUGAAGUUCAGCCAUCAGGUUGUUUGAGUGCAGAACAUGUAGAAGUGAGUCCAAGCCCCAAUGUAGAUUCAUCUGCAUUCGGUUCAGAUAUGCAUUUGUUAUGCUCUACUUCACAGAUCAAUGAAGCAAAUGCAGUCUCUCAACGAGAUGAAACUUUAACACAAAAUGCUUCUGGAGUUUCAGUUGAAGAGCCUGAUAUUCCUUCAAACUUGCUGAAGGAAGAGAAUAGGCUGCAUAAAAAUGACUCUUCCUUUGAGCUGCAUGGAAAUGAUUCUCACUUACCUAAUUCUGCCAAUGCUGAAUUAGAGUUACAUCAGAACCCACAUGACCUAUUGACAGAAUAUGCCAUGGAUGAUCACAGAAAUGAGUUAUUGACUGAUCCAUGCCAGAAAGACACAGAAAAGAAUCAGAUGAAUUGCUCUGCAAGCUCUGAGUUCCCUGAACCUGAAAAAAUGCUCUUAGCACCGACUGUGGAUGGUGAUCCAACAAAUGAAUUAAGUCAGGUAACUGAAGAAAAGGGGGUGAUAGAGUCUGAUGGUAGUGUUAAUAGGAUCACCAGUCUCUCUGGGAAAAAGCGUCGAAUAAUGGAAACCACAUCAGCUUGGCAAAUUGACAGCGCCGGCAUAGUGUCUGGCAGAUCACAAUCUAGAAAAAACAUUGAAUAUAUACCAGAUGACGAUGAUUUGCUAGCUUCUAUAUUAGUUGGUAAAAGGACUCCACUUAUGAGGAUAGGGCCUACACCUACACUGAAAGAAACUUCUCAAAAACGUCCUAAACUCACACCUAGAUUGAACAUGCUGAAGAGGAAGGUGCUGUUAGAUGAUACAACAGUCUUACAUGCUGACGUAAUAAGGCAGCAGUUAAUAAGUACUGACGACAUCAAGCGCAUGCGGAAGAAAGCACCUUGUACACGGCCUGAAAUUUUGAUGAUCGAGAGGUGUUCACUAGAAGAUGAAAUCUUUAAUGAGUUUAUAAUCACUGGUAUGCCAUCUGUGCUGAAUGAUUUGCACAAACGAAGAUUUCUUCCUGCAAUCAGCCAAAACAAUUCCUAUAAUGAACCGCCUAAAGAAUCUGAUCAUACCGAAGGCUUGGAAUUUGUUCAGGAAGCUCAGCAAAUAGAAACAACUGAGCAAAUUUUAGUUACACCAGAAUGUGGUGCUGGUGAAACAAGAGCUCCAUCAUGCCUGCCUUUAACAACUGAGGGGAUGAUAAUUCCUUCUAAAACUGAUGACAUUUCUUUUCCUGAUACCAGCAAUGCUGCUGUCAUUGCAGAAGGUAAUGUUGAUUACCCACUUUCCAUGCAUCAAUUAGUUGAUGAAACGGUCCAACCUAGAGAUGUUUCUUCUGCAAUGAAUGAGGAGGCACAGCACAUUUCCGAAAAUGCUUCUGCUGUAAGCUUAGAUUAUACCCAUGAUGAUUCAAAGGGAGGGAUUGUCGAUAACAAUGCACUUUCAAUUGUGAAUGAUCCUACUACGAAUGCAGAGGCUCAUGAGUCUGUUGAUGCAUCCAUAAUAGACAGAAGCACAAGGCCGCUGGAUACUGCAUCCCUAAAUGAACAAGAAGAUAUCAACGUUGUUUCCACAAGCACUUGUCCUCCUGAUACUGCAUCCCUAAAUGAACAAGAAGACAUCAGCAUGAUUGCCAAAGGUUUAAAUUCUGAGGUUCCGGUGACUGCAGUAGAUAAUGCAUUCCAUGAGUCUGAUCCUCAUUUGACAACCAAUUUAUCAACCAGUAUCUCACAAGGAAACACUUCUUCCCAAGAUGUUAAUCAAUAUGAGAAUGGAAGUGUUUUGAAUGCUAUAGUGGAGAAAGAAGGGCUGAAAUCCAUCCAUAGUGAGGGAAACCUUGCUGUUGGCGAAAGCUCCUCAGGAAGACUGGAAAUGGCUUCUUUAUCCCCUACUCGAGCAAAUAUUGAAAGUGAACAUCUUCCAUCAGCUGUGGGUGAAAACUCUAGUUUUCAGGAAUUUAAGUUAGAAGGUGGUCUGGUUGUUGAAAGCACACCCAUGGAUAUAGCUACUGCAAAAGAUUAUAGUGACUUCUGCAGCGCAAUUGAGGACAAUGACACAGAGUUUCUUAACGUAGACGAUGAGGCUGACUAUCAUGAAGAAGGAGAUGAUGUCGCGGAUCCUGAAGAUGCAUCACUUGAUAACAGUGGUUGGUCUUCAAGGACAAGAGGUGUUGCUCGCUACCUGAAAAAAGUGUUUGAUGAAGAAUCCGGGCACGGGAGGAAAUCCGUCGCUAUGGAUCUCCUUAUCGCACGCAAAAGUCGCAAAGAAGCCUCAAGAAUGUUCUUUGAAACUCUGGUUCUGAAAACAAAAGAUUAUAUACAUGUAGAACAAGAGAACUCUUCUGGGUUCAUCACCAUACUACCAAGACCAAAGCUUCUGAAGGCAGAGUUCUAAUCUAUAAUGGUGUGCCCUGGAAGCCAUGUUCAUGUAAAUUUAAGCUUUUCAUUACAUCCACAUGCUUACUCCACCCCUAUUUUAUAUAUAAAUAAUAUUUUUGUUGUUUACCCUUUUGCUUCUUGUGAGCUCCUAGUUGGGGUGGAACAUAGUUAGCUCAUUGUAUUAUUAGCACUCUAAUUAAAUAUUUGUGCCUGUGUAAUUUAAAUGAUCUCAUGGUUGUAGUUAAUACAAGAGCCUACAGAUUGCAGCUUGAAAA